UCGUAAUUACUUCUAUGGAAACUUCGUAAAAUUGAAGAACGUCGGAGACAAGGCAUCGCCCGCUUUUUGGGUGGAUGGCUGUUUUGGUGUGAAGUGCGGCCCUCUGUGAAGAAGGAACCGAAGCAGUGACUGACAUAAUGUCUUGGGGCGAGUUUAUUGAGCUACGUGAUUUAAGGCUGCAUGACCAUGAACAGAUCGAACUGACCAGCUGUGAGGUGCCUCGCUCACCACCUCGCUUGGAGCGGGCUAAUGCCCUGCGUAUCAGCCCGGGGAAGGUCCCAGAGCUACUCAGCCGAGUGGGAAUCAUUAGACUGCUGGGGGACAGCCUGGACUCUAGGCUCACAGAUGAGAGGGGAGAGGGGCAUGACUUUCAGCCCUGCAGCCAUGCCCAGCCCACCUGGUGUGACCUGUGUGGAGACUUCAUCUGGGGAGUGUACAAGCAGAGCCUGCGCUGUGCCAAUUGCAGAUUCACAUGUCACUACAGAUGUCGAGCUCUUAUCCAGCUUGAUUGCAGUUUGGAUCGUAGCUCCAUAGUUGAACAAACAUGUGUUUUGGUCGAACACACCAUAGAGACCGAUACAAAUGUGGAUGAACAGGUCGAAUCAGGGAAGCAGCAGGAGCUGUCAGUCGCAGAGAUACAGCAGAAGGUCAAGGAGUACAAUGCUCAAAUCAACAGCAACCUGUUCAUGAACCUAAACAAAGAUGGCUCCUACACUGGCUUCAUAAAGGUCCAGUUCAAGCUUGUACGGCCUGUGUCAGUUCCCCCACCAAGGAAGGGUACUGCAACACAGGAUAGUGUGUGCAAGAAAAGUGGAGUGAAGCGUCGCACCUCUUUCUACCUGCCCAAGGAUACUUCCAAACACCUACACAUCAGCUCCCGCACACGCGCUCGAGAGGUCAUCGAAGCUUUACUGAAGAAGUUCACCGUGGUGGACAACCCUGGCAAGUUUGCUUUGUUUGAGCGCACUGAGCGCCAUGGCCAAGUGUUCCUGCGUAAGCUGUCAGAUGAAGAGUGUCCCCUCCACCUGCGUCUGUGCGCUGGACCGAACGAGAAAACACUCAGUUUGGUAUUGAAGGAGAAUGAGACUGGAGAAGUCAACUGGGAUGCCUUCUCUAUGCCAGAGCUAAAGAACUUUCUCCGCAUGCUACAGCGUGAGGAGGAGGAGCAUGUCAAGCAGAUUAUGCAGCGCUAUGCUCUAGCACGCACCAGGAUGCAGGAGGCCCAAGCUGCCACUUCUGCCUCUGGUGGUUCCACACCAGGCUGAGAAACACCAGACCUGUGGGAUGACCUGCACACCUGGCUGACAACCAUCAGAAGAUGACCAGUCACUGCAUCCAAAGAUCCUAGUGAACACAACUCGACACCUCCCUCAAAGGAGGAGACUGAAAGAGCGAAUGAGAGCGAGAGGGCAAGCACGUGUGAGUGUGAGAGAGAUCAGAAGUGCCGUACACCUGGAGAGUCUGUUGUGCCUUUUUUUCUAGAGAGAGAAUGAGAGUUGAGAGCGACUAUGUGAAACUGUGGCUGAUGAGACUGGCUUUGUUCAGUACGUCCUCAUUAUGGGGCCGCCGUUUGGCUAUCCUGGGACAGCUGCCUGAUUUGUAAUGUUUAUCACUUGUAGUUCUUGCUAGCAGUAGGGCCUAUAGAUAAACAAUAUUUCUAAGACAUCAGUGUAAGGUUAAGCUUUUUGCUGCCAGUAACGCUGUUGUUAAUGUGUAAUGACAAAUAAACUUGAAUUUAGCCAAGUCAUAAGGCCCUGCAGUAAGGUACCUAUUAAACCUAAGGAAAUGUUUGAACAAAUUCAGGUUUUUUCUGCUUUAGUAUUUUCAGACCCUAUGCUAGUAACAUUAUCAAGUGAUGGGCAAUAUCAGUCAGGUUUCCAUUGGACUCCAAAGUCUCUGCCACAUACCUUCUGCAUAUCCGUCCUGGGGUGGAUGUUACUCUUUUUGCUGUCCCUUUAUGAGACUGAAUGGGUAUACCCCAUGUGUGGGGAGUACUGAGAAUGUCAAUUAAGAUGAAUUCCCAGGUCAAUUUAAUUGAUUAAGGAAUCAUCCUGAAACUGAAACACUUUGAACUGGAAGCUAAUGCUUUUUAUGGAAUGUUAUGUUUGUAUCGUUUUUUUCAUGUUCUUUGUUGGAUUCUCUUAUUAAAGCAACCACAAACUGAGUGGUGUGCUUGUUCUUGACUAUGCUCUUCAAUUUCACAUUCUCUGUUAAAAAAAAAUUAAAUAAUAAUGUGCACUGUUAAAAAUAAAUGUUUUUCACAAAAUGGUUAAGUUGUAUUGUUGUUGCGGUGGAGCGACAUGUUGUGUCGACUAAAUAAAGAAAUGUACACGUGUAACAUUAAACAUG